UGGUAUAUUCCAAACGCUUUUUCAUUAUUUUAACCCAACACCCACCACCAUUUUCAUCUAUAUAAUCAUCCCUCUUCUUUCCUUCAAAAAUCUCUUCCUUCCAUCUCUCUUUCCCCUGGUGUUUCUUGAUUCAAACAUCUCUUGUCUUCUUUUUUUUCACGUUCAACAUCGAAUCUAUAGAUGUUAGAGAUUGAUGUCUCCUGUUCUUAGUGAAAUUCUCAGGUCCGGCUUUACUAUCAACUCCUCCCUCCGUCGCCGGACCCAUCUCGUUCAAUCUUUGUCCGUCGUCUUCCUCUACUGGUUCUACGUUUUUUCAUGAACAACCCUUCAACCCUCCGCCUACAUUAAUACAGCUUCAUAUAUACAUAUCUAUAUCUAUAUCUAUCUUGCAAAACAAAUAAACCGUAUUCAUAUUACUCAAGUUUUUAUUUUUUGGUUAUUUUUGGUAUGGCUUCUUCAAGUGGGAACUCGUCUCAGAUCCAAAACUCAGGAUCCGAUGAGGAUUUACUUCACCAAAGGAAGAGGAAGAGAAUGCAAUCAAACCGUGAAUCUGCACGAAGAUCGAGAAUAAGGAAACAGAAACAUGUUGAUGAUCUCACCGAUCAAAUCAACCAGAUCAAGAAAGAUAACGCCCAGAUCCUCACCACCAUUAACGUCACCACACAACAGUUUGUUCAUGUGGAAGCCGACAACUCUGUGUUGAGAGCUCAGAUGGGUGAGCUCAGCCAGCGGCUGGAUUACCUUAACGAAAUCAUUAAUCUCAUGAACAACAACUACACAAACACUAAUUGCACGAAUGGUGCAAGUACAACUGGGCUGUUUGAGUUUGAAAAUCACGAUGAUUUCAUGAACAAUCCAUGGAACUUGAUGUACCUCAACCAACAGCCAAUCAUGGCUGCUGAGAUGUUACGGUACUAGUCAUUAAUGCAUGCGGUACAAUGUACUACUAGGGUUAGGUUUGAUGGUGCUUUAUUGGGUUGUACUUUUAGGUUUGAUUGGUGGUGGUUGAGUUGGCACUUUUUAAUAUUAAAAUCAAGGCUUGUAUCUAGUGGAGAGUGGAGACGGAAGAAAAGGAAUAUAUUGGCUUUCUCCUUUUUAUAUAUUAAA